CUGCACUGGAAUUUGGAGUUUGACCUGCAAGAAGAUUCUCGCCGGUGGGAGGGAGGCCGCCACUGCCCUCCCAGCUCUGGCUGCAGGGAGAAGCCGGGCCCCUCCUCACUGCGCCCUGCCUUCUCCUGCCUCUGAAACCGCCACCAGACCCCAGAGCAGGGGGCCCGCACCCAGAGGAAGGAUGCAAAGUGUGUUCAGCACCACGGAGAGCGGCCCCGGCAGCCCGAGGCCCACACCGCCGGAUCCCCUGGAGGCCUUUCCCCAGAGGAGCCUGGAGGCAGGUGACAUCGCGGUGCUGGCUCUGUACUUCCUCUUCGUCCUGGCCGUGGGACUGUGGUCCACAGUGAAGACCAAAAGAGACACCGUGAAAGGCUACUUCCUCGCCGGAGGGGACAUGAUGUGGUGGCCUGUGGGUGCGUCCUUGUUUGCCAGCAACAUAGGAAGUGGACAUUUCGUGGGCCUGGCGGGGUCGGGCGCUGCGGUGGGCAUUUCGGUAGCUGCUUAUGAGUUUAGUGGCAUAUUCUCCGUGCUGACGCUCGCCUGGAUCUUCCUCCCCAUCUACAUUGCAGGCCAGGUCACCACGAUGCCAGAAUACCUCCGGAAACGCUUCGGGGGCAACAGGAUCCCCACCCUCCUGGCUGUGCUCUACCUGUUUAUCUACAUCUUCACCAAGAUCUCGGUGGACAUGUAUGCAGGCGCCAUCUUUAUUCAGCAGUCUUUGAAACUGGAUCUGUACCUGGCCAUAGUUGGGCUGUUGGCCAUCACAGCUCUAUACACUAUUGCAGGUGGCCUGGCCGCUGUGAUCUACACGGAUGCACUGCAGACUGUGAUCAUGCUCAUAGGAGCAUUCACCCUGAUGGGCUACAGUUUUGCUGCGGUCGGAGGGCUGGACGGCCUGAUGGAGAAGUACUUCCUGGCCCUGGCCACCAACCGGACUGAGAACAGCAGCUGCGGGCUGCCCCGGGAGGAUGCCUUUCAUAUCUUCCGAGACCCGCUGACCUCCGACCUCCCGUGGCCCGGGAUCCUGAUUGGAAUGACCAUGCCGUCCCUCUGGUACUGGUGCACGGACCAGGUGAUCGUUCAGCGGAGCCUGGCGGCCAAGAACCUGUCCCACGCCAAAGCGGGCUCCCUGAUGGCCGCGUACCUGAAGGUGCUGCCCCUCUUCCUCAUGGUCUUCCCUGGCAUGGUCAGCCGUGUCCUCUUCCCAGAUCAAGUGGCCUGUGCCGAUCCCGAGAUCUGCCAGAAGGUCUGCGGCAACCCCUCGGGCUGCUCUGACAUCGCGUACCCCAAACUCGUGCUGGAACUCCUGCCCACAGGGCUCCGAGGGCUCAUGAUUGCUGUGAUGGUGGCCGCGCUCAUGUCCUCCCUCACCUCCAUCUUUAACAGUGCCAGCACCAUCUUCACCAUGGACCUCUGGAACCGCCUGCGGCCUCGGGCGUCGGAGAGGGAGCUCAUGAUUGUGGGCAGGGUGUUUGUGCUGCUGCUGGUGUUGGUCUCCAUCCUCUGGAUCCCCGUGAUCCAGGCCAGCCAGGGCGGCCAGCUCUUCAUCUACAUCCAGUCCAUCAGCUCCUACCUGCAGCCGCCUGUGGCUGUGGUCUUCAUCAUGGGGUGUUUCUGGAAGCGGAGCACUGAGAAGGGCGCCUUCGCGGGACUGAUCGUGGGCCUCCUCCUGGGCUUGAUCCGGCUGAUCCUGGACUUCAUCUACACGCAGCCGCAGUGCCACCAGCCGGAUGAGCGCCCCGCUGUGGUCAAGGACGUGCACUACCUCUACUUGUCCACAAUUCUGUCUGCGGUCACCCUCGUCACCAUGUCCGCCGUGAGCUGGCUCACAGAGCCUCCCUCCACGGAGCGGGUCAGCCGCCUGACCUGGUUCACUCGCCACGACCCCGUGGUCCACAAGGCACAGGUGCCAGCAGCCACUCCGCCACCGACCACCCUCCCUGCGAAGGGGCCGGCGGAGGCCAGCAGCUCCCACCUCCCUGGGAGCGAGGCCAAGCCGCACAGCCGCACCGGGAAGCAGGAGCAGUCCCGCGCGGUGAGGGCCCUGCUGUGGCUGUGUGGCAUGGACGACAAGGGCCCGGCGGAGCCCCGGAGCAGCGUGGAGCCCGCCAUCGCGUCCCUGGAAGAGCGCCCCCUGGUGAAGGGCCUUCUGGACAUCAACCUCGUCCUCUGCAUGGGCUGCGGCAUCUUCCUCUGGGGCUACUUUGCUUAGUGCAGACAGAACAGGCCCAAGACCUCAACUCGUUUCCAAUGCCUUUAAUGAGGGGAAUAAAGCUUUGUCUGUCUACCAGGAGGCUUCAAGGCUGUUUGUGGGCCAUUUUCAACAGGACAUUUAGCUUUUCUUCUAAAAAGGCAUGAAGGUUGGGAGCUGGAAACCGGAGAGCAGUGUAGAAGCUUCCUUGUCUCCAAAAGCUGGUUGUUCCCUCUUCCUGCCCACAUGCGACAGCAACGGCCAAAUCCGCAGGGACGGGGGAGCUGAGACCUCCAGCGGAAGCAGCCACGCCAGGGCCGGUGCUGGGCCGCGCCCUUUCCCCGCUCACCGCCGAGGUGCGAGGUGCCCGGGGUGGACUGCACCUGCCUCUCCCUCCGCUCUCACUGCCCCGGCUGAGGGCUCUCUAAGAGUGAUACUUGCUUCUUGAUAUGGUCUUGAACACGGGCCUGUGUUGGCGCCGGAACCCUGUGCUAUCUAAGAACCGGGGAUUGUGUGCCCCCCGAUUCUGCUCCGCCUGCUUCUCUGCUUAAGUCCCCACCAGGACGCUCCCCUACACCUCCAGCCAGAAGGAUGGACGACUCCACGAGAACCUCUACAGCGAGGCCUUCAGCCUCCCGAUCCCUCUACUCUGGGUCACGAGGGGCCCGAGGGCACGACCUGGAGGGGCAGUUUGCCCCACGCACAGCUGAGAGCAAGGGAGCCCAGAGCCAUGAGCUCUCAUCCUCGUCCUGAGAUAGGGGCUGCAGGGGUGCAUUUACCAGCCUGACAAGUGACGAGUCGGGUAGACUCUCAAGGGACCCUGGUGUCCAGACUUCAGAGGAACACAGACAGGAAACCGUGGGGCUGAGGAACAGCCGGUGGCUCAGUAGCACCUUGAUGCCCUCGACACCGGAGCAGCCUGCACCAAGGGGCAGUGGGCUAGCUCGGGCCUUGGCCUGUCCACGCCUCGCUUUUCCACGCAAAUGCAAGUGACAGCUGUGGCCUGGACAGGGCACCCCGCCCUCCUGGGAAAGGGCCCAGGUGGGAGCGUGCAUGAAUGAGGCCACUCUGCAGACCCCGCCGCCGGCUCAGCGAGAGCCUGACGGGUGUCGGCCCGUGGCGCCAUGGAGGCUGAGGGCCCCUCUCCCGGCCGCGGGGUGGGAGCUGGGGGCUGCUCUGGACGGUCGCACUGAGCUCUGCAGCCACCGGUUGGGGUCAGACAUGCAUUUCAGAGAGAGUUGUCACUAGGCACGCCCAGGUCACCCCCACCUCCCCUUGGACCGCCCCGCCCGGCCUUCCUGCCCCUGGUCUCUCCUGCUCUCCAGCCACAGGCAGCCACUCUGCUGAGGCCCCUCAGUCCCUUCCCAGACUCCCGGGCGGGCACCGAGGGCCAGGCCCUCCAGCUUCAACUUGGUCUCCCGCCCUUUGCGGGCUCAUCAGACUCACUCACACCCCCACCUCGGGCCCAGCACAGGGGCUGCACACAGUGGCCCUAAGCAUGAUUACAAAUAUCCUCUUCCCUCCUAAACCACCCUCCACCUUCGGGCUAACCCCCAGCCUCUGCGCAAACACCAGUUCCUCCGGGAAGGCCCUGCUCCCUGGCGCCCACCACAUGUGCCCCAAAGGCCGCUGUCACACUUCGUUGAUUACUUGUCUUCCCUCUGGGAGCUUAAGUCCCUCGGGGCAGCGUGUCUGCCCUCAUACUGAUGCCCAGCACAGUGCGUGGCGCACGGAUGGAUGACCCUAAAACACGAAUGCCUUCCGGCUCCUUC